AUACAAAAAACAUUACCCAAAUUGUCGAGUUCCAUAAUCAUGGAUUUGAAGUUGACACUCUCUUGCAUCCUUCUAUCGUGCUUAUUUCCUUUGUUAAUAGCAGAUGAUGUUAAAGUUACGAUCAAAGGUGCAACCCUCAUUGCCGGAACUGAUGAUAAUUUUGUCUGUGCAACUUUGAAUUGGUGGCCCUCUGAAAAAUGUGACUACAAUCAGUGUCCUUGGGGAGAAGCUGGCCUUUUCAACUUGAGGUGCCUCCAGAUGAAGAGACGGGAUCAGCUCAAUAACUUGUUUAACCAAACAGGUGCUUUGGUAACAUUUGGGUUGAAUGCCCUUUAUGGAAGGAAAGAGUCUCAAGUUGAGAAGGGUCUAUGGGUGGGUAAUUGGAACUCGCAAAAUGCCCGUGAUCUCAUUGCUUACACUGUGUCAAAAGGAUACAAGACUGAUUCAUAUGAAUUUGGACAUGAGCUUUUUGGAUCAGGAAAAGCUGCAAGGGUAGAGGCUGAUCAAAAUGGAGCAUGGGUUGGGGAAGCCUUUAGAGCUUAUAACAGCGGCAGCAAAGAUGUAUCACAUACCUUUGCUGAUGGAUUUUGGUACCUAGACCAAUUGGGUAUGACAUCAACCUUCAACCACAAGGUAUUCUGCAGACAAACAUUCAUAGGAGGAAAUUAUGCACUACUUAAUACCACAACAUUCACCCCAAAUCCAGAUUAUUAUGGGCUGUGCUCUGUUGUGGCAUCGCCUGAUGGGAAAAGGAGUUCUGUCUGCAACCCACCAAGGCCCACCAAGGCUCACCAUUUUUGCGCGUGUAUGCUCACCGUGCAAAGCACAAGGGAGAGGUCCCAAUGUCAAGGACCCACCCCUCAUCCAAUGAUCACUGUCUAAACUCCAAAAUAAUUUAGUUCUCAAAUU